AUGGCGUCUCUCUCCGGACCCACCAAUCCCUUCCCGCCGGCAUUUAACCGGCGGCAGGAGAUUAAACCUGUAACUGUACGAAACAAGUCCACACGCAAUCUAAAACCAGAACCAGAACCAGAACCAGAACCACUUUCUGAGAAAACAAACGCAUUCACUUUUACUGAGAGAGGCCCAAGAAGAAUCGACAUAUCCAAUCCAAAGGAGAGAGAAAUCAGAGAGAAGAAAGAGGAAGUGAGCAAAAAGAUAGCGUCACAGAAGGCAAUAUCUAUUAUAUUGCGAAGAGAGGCGACGAAGGCCGUCAUUGAGAAGAAGAGAGGACCCACCAACUCUACGAAGCUUUUGCCUAGGACAGUCCUUGAGGCUCUUCACGNUCUAAAACCAGAACCAGAACCAGAACCAGAACCAGAACCACUUUCUGAGAAAACAAACGCAUUCACUUUUACUGAGAGAGGCCCAAGAAGAAUCGACAUAUCCAAUCCAAAGGAGAGAGAAAUCAGAGAGAAGAAAGAGGAAGUGAGCAAAAAGAUAGCGUCACAGAAGGCAAUAUCUAUUAUAUUGCGAAGAGAGGCGACGAAGGCCGUCAUUGAGAAGAAGAGAGGACCCACCAACUCUACGAAGCUUUUGCCUAGGACAGUCCUUGAGGCUCUUCACGAACGCAUCACCGCCUUGCGUUGGGAGUCUGCGCUCAAGUUGCACAAGAAACUCACUCAAUUGGGAGAAUAA